AUGGCGAAAAAAGGUGGUGUUCAACAAUUGCAAACAGAAAUCAAUACCAACGAUGAAUUGGCGAAGUUUUUGGAUCGAGAUGGAUUAAUCGUUUUUGACGUGUUUACGGAAUGGUGUGGCCCGUGUUUGGCAAUGAUUGGAAGCCUAAAAAAGAUUAAACUCGAGCAGGGCGGCGAUGACCUGCAUUUAGCCAUUGUAAAAUGCGAUAAAAUCGAUGCAUUCGAACGCUUCCGUAAUAAGAGUGAACCGACAUGGCUUCUGGCAUCGAAAGGGAAAUUAGUGAAUUGUGCUUUCGGAGCGAAUGUACCUCAUUUGGUUGAUUUAAUUCUAAAAGAAUUGGAUACAGAGCGUCGAACUCGUGCCGCUGAUCCCGAGACAUCUGGUCGAAUAUAUUAUGAGUUGACUGAAAUGACCCCCGUCGAACGCGUUCGAUACGAUACCAUACAAAAUGAGGAAGAAGAGAAUGAACGGAUCGAAGAAGAAUCGGCACAACGGCGACAAAUUGAGUAUGUAACAUUCGUUACGGAUCAAGUUAUGAAAAAUUCAAACGAUAUGGGAGUGACACUGUUAAUGCCGCAUGUAAUCAGCCGUGAUUUGUUGAAGCGUUUAUCAGAUCCGGCUGAUAAAUGCCAUUUAGUCGCCAAAGAUAAGAAAAAUAUACAAAUUUCACGGGAUCACAUUGAAAUUCUGGACAUUUGCAGUGCCGAUUCAAUGUCGCCACAUUUGGUGGAUCAUAUUUUAAAUCGCGAUGUGUUUGCCGUUUGUUGGAAAGUAACUGAUACAAACGCAGAUGGUGACCGAAACGUUGAAGAAUACCUGAGCACAUUUUCGCAUUUUGUGUGGAAUGAAGAAGAGACGACGAAUGGAAACACUUCAAUACUCAAAGCACUUACCGUGGUCAUUGAAACGGAAACGAAUGACGAUGAUGAAAUGAACGAACAAAGUGACAUCGAACCAGAGAAACCCAUCGAAGAGCCAAAGCACAAAGAAGAUGAGAUGGAAAAUGAUAAAGAGGGUAAUGGUGAAAAGGAGGAAGAGGACGAGGAUGAUGAGAAAAGAGAAAGUGGUGAUGAUGGUGGCAAUGAUGCAGAUCAAAACGAAACUGCAAUCGAAGAACAAGAAAAUAAACAAACAAACGACACUAACGAACAUCCAAGUGAACAAAAUGCAGAAACUACACCUGGUAAUAAUGAUGAAUCGGAAGAGAAAUCCAAUAAAAAUGAUGAAACUAAAAGCAGCGCUAGAACUACACCAAUUACACCAAUUACAACUAUCAAACGGAAAAAUCAAAUCGAAAUAAAAAUCCCGCCGAUCUGGACGCCGUCGGAGAAACGUGCAAAUGCCGCGUUGAUUUAUUUAUACUUUCGAACAAUGACAGAAACUUAUUUGCCACCCGACCCACCCGUUGAGAGACCACACUUAGCAAUGGUGUUCGAUGCGUAUAAACGUCGCGAAAUUAUGGAAGUGAUUGAAGAGUAUCGAGACGAUGUGCUUGCCUACGGUUAUUUUACAACGGAUAAUUGCCACACGGCCCAACUGAUUGCCACCUCAACGUUCAAUUACCAUAAGAAUCCUCCAACAAUUUUUGACAAAUUCGUUGUAAAAGUGGCAAAAACAAAAGCCUCGCCCAUUCUGAUGGCAUUAAAAAAGCUUGGACCGAACUACAUCAGCAAGAAUACGGAGGUUGGAAAAAGUGAAUGUUUAUUAUUCUUUCCACCUGGUUAUAAAAAUUCAUCGGAAACCGGUGAAACGACGCCGGUUCCUGUCGAUGAAAAGCCGAAAAAGAAAAAGAAGAAGCGCAAGACCAAACAGGGCUCCGACGAGGAAAAUGAAAACAAUCAAGUGCAAAAUGCUGCACAAGCUCCGACUGACGUUGAAAUCGCAGACGAGCCCGAAGAUGGUACCGAACAAGACGACGAUGACAGUGGCGAGGACGAUGACAGUGCAGAGGGGAAUGAAAUGGGAAAUUUACCCGAAACGUCUGAUCCAUGA